CCAGUACAUCCAUGCCCAGCGUGCCCAACGAUGGGCAACACUCAUGUCGGCGUUAUUUGACACGCUUCGUUAUCCAAACGAAUGCUUUCGACAGUUUGACGAUCCAUUUAAUUGUGCACAAUGCCAAAGAAGCAUCUAAUCAUUUCAACAUUUCAACAAAACAACAUUGUGUAUUUGUUUCAAUCAACGCUGGCACAUGUUCAACGCGAAUAUGCUGCCAAUUUGUCGAAUUUCCAAGACGCAACCCCGAAUAACCGAUUAUACCACCACCCCCCUGCCCCUGCACCGGCGCCUUGCAGAGAAACGCUAUCGACUGACCGACGUCGCAGCCGGCGCCGCGACGCACGCACAUUCAGUCCCGCUUGCUGCGCCGCCCCCGCGUGCAAAAAGCUUGUCGGUACGGAGACAGUUCAAUGAAACGCGGCCACGGCGUGCAACCAGUGCGCUCGCUUGCGACAUUCUCACGAUUCCGGACAAAAUAAACAUAUCUCUUAUCAACCGAAGUGUUAAGAUACCAAUUCUACAAUGGCAAAUGUAACACGAUAGGCGUCGUACGCGAUAAGAAGAAAUCCGGGAAAAGGCGACGAAGUCACAGCGCGCUGCACAAUUGAUGCGAAGACGCUGGAGCGCGUAAGAUGCGUGAUAAAUGGAAAACAAAACGUUUAAGAAAAUCGUCAUCGCGCUGCUGGUGUUGGGAUUGCUCUCACUGUAUCUCUCGUACACCUUCAAUGCCUGUCUGAUUGCGAGCUUUGCAAAGUGGCGGCAACAUCCAAUUGUCCUCAAUGAAAACAUCAACUUACACUACACGACAUCGGUGCGUGUUGUCCCAUUACUUGUGGGCAACGAAAGUUUUUCCGAUGCAUCGCCCAAGUACAGAUUCUUCCGAGAACAAGGUUUACGGCCUGCUAGACAACUUCCCAGCGCGUUAAUCAUCGGAGUCAAGAAGGGGGGAACCCGUGCCCUAUUGGAAUUCAUCAGGGUACAUCCAGAUGUGCGAGCGGCAGGUAAUGAAAUUCAUUUCUUUGAUAAAAACUACGGCAAUGGCUUCGAAUGGUAUCGCCAACACAUGCCUCCAACCUUAGAAGGUCAAAUGACGCUUGAGAAAACCCCGUCGUAUUUCAUCACCAAAGAAGCCCCGCAUCGAGUACACCUGAUGAACCCAUCGACGAAGCUGCUCGUCGUGGUGCGUGAUCCGGUGACGCGCGCCAUCAGCGACUACACGCAGGCGAUCAGCAAGAAACCGGAAAUGGCCAGGUUCGAACAGUUGACGUUCGUACAUCGCAAUACGAGCAGUAAACUAACGCGAGUGGUGGACACCAGCUGGGGGCCGGUGAAACUAGGACUCUACGCGAAAUAUCUCCUGCGAUGGUUGAAAUAUUUCCCGCUCUCGCAGUUUCUAUUCGUUUCUGGCGAGCGGCUGGUCGUGGAUCCAGCUGUGGAGCUGAAACGAGUACAGGACUUCCUGGGUCUGAAGCGGGUCGUCAGCGAGAAGCACUUCUACUUCAACUCGACGAAAGGUUUUCCGUGUUUGUUCAAGAGCGAAGGGCAUGGGGCGCCGAAAUGUUUGGGAAAGACAAAAGGUCGGAACCAUCCGCGCAUCGACACGAUGGUUCUGCAACGACUGAGGGAUUUUUACCGACCGUUCAAUUUGAGAUUCUACCAGAUGACCGGAAUUAAUUUCGGAUGGAGUUAGUCCACAACGUUCAUGUCAACCAUCUGCUACCAUCAAAAUAUUUUCAUAUCAAAUUGUGAACGAGAAGACUAGAUAUAAAUAGAACGAGAAAAUCUGGUAACAAAUUCUGAACUGCCAAGAGACAUGAUGCUCAACUCGUUACGAGCAAUAGAUGUGUGAAACAUUUCGUAGUUUUUUAUACAGAAUUUACUGUAGCUUAUAGAAGAGGCAAACGUAACGACAUAACGAAAAUAAGAAACUUGUCAAUUGAUGAAUUAGCUCCCUCCUUCACACACACGAUUCCAUCGCUUAACGAACCUUGUUUGAUAGUCAAGCGACAACGCUGAAUUCUAGAUAACAUUUGCACGCAAUGUGUCGUUCGUUAUGUAGCAAUGUUUGUAUAUCUCAGGUGCCAUUUUUCUACUUAUUCCCUAGAGUACUAACGUAAUAAAACCCAGAGAUACAAAUACGUCAUACAGCAAUAUUCGCCAGAACAGUAAAUAAUAUGUACAAGAUUCUCAAUAACGUUGAGAUUGUAUUCGCUUCGUAAUAAAAUGAAAAUAAAAUAAAA